CACUGGUCACACUGGUCACAAUGGUUAUCCAGGUAAUUCGAGGUCAGUGGAAAAAAAAGAUGGCAGGUUUGCAUGAGUUUUCUGAACAAAAUCAACACGAUUUGGGUGCAGAUCAAGAAGUCGCAGCUGUUCUUGGAGGCCGUUGUUUAGAUGUUCCAGUACAACAGCAUGCACGCUCGUCUUCAAGUAAGUCAAGCAAAAGUCGAGAUUCUAACUGCAGUAUGGAGAAUAUAAAGAUUAAAUGUGAAAGUGUGACUCCUGUGUCAGAAAGUAGCUAUGAUGGCGACACAGCGCAUUAUCCAUCCUUGCAGUUUUUGGCAGCUCAGGGUGAAGUUGUAAAAAUCAAGGAAGAAAUUGAGAGAGGAAUUGAUGUUAAUGCCAUGGACAAGCAAGGUUUGACACCAUUAAUGUGGGCUGCUGCACACAGACAGAAAGCUGCAUCAAAUUUGUUGCUAGAGAAUCAUGCUGACCCAAAUAAAGAAGGUUUAGGGGGGGAAACUCCAUUACUUUUUGCCUCAAGUCAAGGUCAAAGUGACAUUAUUGAUCAGCUUUUGAGUCAUGGAGCUAAAAUCAACCAUAUUGAUAUGAAUGGAGGGACAGCAUUGAUGUAUGCAGUUUUUGGAGGUUUUCCAGAGAUUGCUAAAAAGCUCUUAGAAUAUGGUGCAGAUAUGACAAUAAAAAAUGAGAAUGAUGAAACAUGUUACAGUUUAGCUUUAACCCUUGGAAAUAAAGCUGUUAAAAAAGUGAUGGAGGAUUACCUUAGGGGGAUAUUGGAAAGCUCCAAGACAUAGGUCACAAUGAUCACAAUGGUGAAAAGAUAUAACUCAACGAGAUUUCAGAUGGCAGCUAAGCUUCACCAGCAUUAUUGGGUUGAAUCUCUCACAAGAAUACCUUACAAGAAUAUUGUAUAAGCAGAGAAGACACCGAAAGAGUAAGAUCGAAACUUCUUAACCACAAAUGGAAGACAACAUGGUCCUAACUGAUGCUAGGACCAAUAACAGGACCAAGACAUCAAACUUGUUAGUCAACUGAUAGUUUUUUACUAACAUGGAUAUGGUCAGAACUCAGAGGACAUCAUAAUUAAAGAGCUGAGGUUACCAACCUAACAUCUCAGCAACAUUUUUUAACAAAAU